AUUUCACAUCUAAACAACAUAAUUUUAUGCAUUUUAAAAAAAAAAGCUUUACCAGAUUAAAAGUAUUUUUAUUUAUCGAAUAUAAUUUGAAGUCAAAUACUAAUUUCUUCAUUGCCCACAAGGAGUUGAACAUAGAGGGGACAAAAAAGGACAGACUAACCGAAAAUAAUUAUAAUGUUUUCAAGUGUUACUCUUCAGAUAUAGGUGUAUUUACUGAAAAACAUGGCAUAUUGUCGGCACAGUGAAAACGUUUUUAACGAUGUUAUAGACCAUUUGGGAUUGGCAGUUUCUCAAUUACGAGAUGGCGAAUCAGAUCAUGCAGAGAACACCUAUUAUACUAAAGAUGAUUACUGGAAUCAAAUAAGAAAUAUUAGCUUAUCACUUUCGCAUGAUGUGACUCUUAUUUCUAUGGCAUUUUCUAAGACACCCUAUCCAACACCAGAAGCUGUAACAAAAAUGUUAAGUAAAUUAGAGAUGACAGCACUAACACUUGUAUCCAGUUUCUAUAUGCUCCCCAAAACACAAGGUUUGUUGCUGAGGGAUUCUUUUAAAAAGUCCACAAUUGAGCUAAUCGAAAAGGUUAACACAUUUAUCAAAUCCAUCCAGACAGGUAGUGCCGGUUCCCCAGAGAUGCUGUACAAAACAGGAAUAGUGUGGGAGCAUUCUGACUUCUUCAGUUCUCAGCCAAAAGGUAAAUAUCUAAUAAGGCUUGGAUCGUUUCAGUUGACUCUACAUAACUAGUCACAGUGGUUGAUA